AUGUGGGCUGAAUUGUUUGAAACUCAUGCUCACGCCACUCAGGUGCUCCACCACAUCAUUCCUCAAGCUGACAUGGAGCCUCCUACGCGCACCGAUGCUUCUUAUGCCCGGUGGGCCACUCUUGACUCUACUGUCAAACAGUGGAUUUAUUCCACCAUAUCCUUUGAUCUUCUCGCCACUGUUAUGGAGAAAGGUUCUACUGCUAUGACUACUUGGAACCGUAUAGCUUCUAUGUUUGAGGACAAUCAGAACUCCCGUGUUGUCGCCCUCGACCAGGAUUUCAUCUCCACUCGCAUGGAGGAUUUUCCUAAUGUUUCGGCCUAUUGUCAGCGUCUGAAACAUAUUUCUGAUCAGUUGAGGAAUGUUGGUGCCCUAGUCAGUGAUCAUCGUCUUGUUCUCCAGUUAGUCUCUGGUCUCACUGAGCCUUUCCGUGGUGUUGUCACCCUGAUCCGUCAGAGCGAGCCUUUGCCUCCAUUCCUCAAGGUCCGCUCCAUGCUGAUUCUAGAGGAAUCCGGUCUCGCCAAGAUGUCUGGUCCUGCCUCUCAGACUGCUUUGCACACCUCUGCUUCCCCUCCACGGGCCUCCGAUGACUCUUUUCAGCAGCGCACCACCAACCGCAACACUCAGGGACACUCCAACUACUGUUCUGGGUCAGGGCAAAAUCAUAACUAUUCGGGUAAUUCUGGUAAACCUAAAAAGAAAUGUGGCUCUCGCUAUACUGGUUCAUUUGGCUCUUCUGGUUCCUCUACUGCAGCUCCUCCACCAUGGCGCCCGCCUCAGUCGGCAUCAUGGAAUCCUUGGGGUUGGGCUCCUCCCCCUGGUUGGGCUCCUUCCCCUUAG